AUGUUGUCGGACAAAGAGAUUUUCCUUGUUCACCUGGUCUUACACUUGCCAGUUCUGCAAACGGCCUGUGUGUUCACAGUGCUGCAAAAAGAUGAGAUUACCUUCCAAGCCAUAUUCCACACUCCCCAUCUUUUCACUGGGACCUUCUGCCUUGCAGAGAGGGGAGAGAGUUUCCUUAGGCCAGAGAGGCCUUCCACCAGUCAUCAUCGACCACCUAGAAGCUUACCCAAGUUGGGGUCCAAGUCUAAGUCUGGGGAAAAGUCGGAUGAUGAACUCCAGUUUCCAAAAGAGCUCAUGGAAGACUGGAGCACCAUGGAGGUGUGCGUGGACUGUAAGAAGUUUAUCUCGGAUAUCAUUAGCUCCAGCCGCCGCAGCCUGACACUGGCUAACAAACGAGCCCGGUUAAAAAGGAAGACGCAGUCAUUCUAUCUGUCAUCCACGGGGACAUCUGAAUACCGGCCGACUGAGAGAACGAUAAAUGAGAUCUGA